AUGAUAGUAGUAGAUGAUGAGACAGCCACACGCACACCACGGACACAUGCCAGCUGUCACCAAAUUACGCAAUAUAUAAUCACCGUUGUAACUGAAUGGAUUAUACGUAGUUAUUGAGAAAUGUUAUCAAAGUGAUUCAAUUUUGUAAGUUUUUGCAACAUGAUCCGAUUGUUCUUCUAAGCAACAACACAAGCUCUCUGAAUGCGACAUUAUGGACAGGUGCAUCAUGGUAGCAAAGGUACAGCACUAUUGGACUUCCUUUUGCUACAACUGUUACUCAACUGUGAAAGUGAAUCGAAUAAUACUCUGGUUUUUUCAACCCACAAAGAUAAUCUGGU